AUGGCAGCCCCUAGCGCACUGAAAAAGUAUUCUGGAGGCUUCAUGAAGAAAAUAGAAGGUGACACGAACGCUGUAUCCAUAAGCUAUAAGGGGAAGCAACAGGUUUCAUAUGGCAAAGUCGCCGCCGUGGUACCCAUACCUUAUCAACAACCAAUGCAGCAACAACAGAUAAAUUGCCGUGUCAAGAGCAAGCGCCAGGAAGAGAUAGCCGUGGUGGACGUCCCUUAUGACGAGGUUAAUGUGGAAAUACCUAUAAGCCCAUUGGUGAUAGAGUUUCCAGCACCGUUCGCAUAUGAAGAUGAGAAGGCGGUCCCAUGGAUAUAUCAGCCCAGAGCUUUUAAGCAAGGGCAUGAAGACCAAUCUUUGGUUAUCAACGAAUCAAACGUCACCUUGAUUAUGGGGCCGGAAAGAAUGAGACGUAGUGGCCGAGUGUUCGCGCCAAGAAUUGUUGAUACUUCUGCAAAGGCUAAAGGGAAGGAAGUUGCUGUCCAGAUCCCCGUCCUUAAUCAAGAAAUGCAAGACAUGCAACUGUCUCCUAAAGUUGCAGUCACUCGUGAAGAGGCCGAGGAAUUUAUGAGGAUAAUCAAGAAGAGUGAUUAUAAAGUGGUGGACCAACUGAAUCAAACACCUUCAAAGAUCUCCAUGUUAUCUUUAUUGCUUAACUCAGAAGCACACAGGAACUCGCUAUUGAAAGUAUUAAGCAUUGCACAUAUCACGAAGGACAUAACGAUAGAACAGUUUGACGAUGUGAUAGCUUGUGUGACCACUGGGAAUUUCUUAGGUUUUAACGAUGAUGAACUACCAAUCGAGGGAAAGAACCAUAACAAGGCCCUACAUAUCUCCUUGAAAUGCAUAAAUACUAUACUAUCAAGGGUGUUAGUAGACACAGGUUCCUCGCUGAAUGUCAUGCCGAAGACCACUUUGAUAAAGCUGCCAAUGGAAGGGAUAAGUAUGAAGUCCAGCACCCUAAUCGUAAAGGCAUUUGAUGGCUCAAGGCGAGCAAUGAUAGGAGAGGUUGACUUACCAACUAAGAUAGGUCCAACUAUUUUUAAUAUCAUGUUCCAGAUUAUGGACAUACAUCCCGGUUAUAGUUACCUACUUGGGAGACCCUGGAUUCACUCCGCAGGCGCUGUCACCUCUACUCUACAUCAAAAGCUAAAAUUCAUUACAAAUGACAAAAUGAUUGUGAUUGGAGGAGAGGAGGAUAUCUUGGUUAGCCACUUGACAUCUUUCCGGUAUAUCGAGGUGGAUGGAGAGAUAAUUGAGACACCAUUCCAAUCCUUGGAAGUGGUAAAUAUGAUGGCCAUCGAACAGACAUUGGAGACCCCGAAAUCAGGACCAUCCAUGGCCUCGUGGCAAGGAGCUAAGGCUGUUAUGGAAAGUGAAAAUGCUCAAGACUGGGGCAAAGUGGUGGAAGUAAAAGAGAAACGAGACAAGUUUGGCUUGGGGUAUGACCCGUCAUCAAAUAAAGUCGGUAACCAAUAUGACAAAGAGCAGAUUCCUUAUGUAGAGGAAACGUUCACCAGCGCUGGCCACAUUUUUGGCAAACAGGUGGCGGUGAUCAGUGAUGAAGAUCACGAAGAGGGGGUGUCUAGCUGGAUGCGACAAGCCGCACCUAAUGAAGAGCUGACAAACUGGAAGGCUGUGGAAGCUUCUAAGGAAGAAUCAGGGCGUAGAAUGGAAUGA